AUGAGUUCACCAAGUAAAGAAACAGAAGAGCCCUCUUCGGGCAAUGAGGAAGUGGCAAGUGCCGCAGGAGGCAGCGGUGACUCAAACGCAGACAAACGACCGCCCGCUAAGCGGCAAAUUUCCACAGCAGUUAUUGAAAUAUCAGACACUGAUAGCGACGAUUCCGACGUUUGUGCUGUUAUUUCCUACCAGGCGUCUGCUGAUGAAGUUAAGAGAAUUAGACGAGAUUAUUCCUCGUCGUCAUCAUCAUCUGACUAUAGCUCAGAUUCAGAUUCUCCAUGGGAGGAUGACUCGGUAGUUAUAAAAGAUAAAAUUUCCGAAAAGGUAGUUAAAACACAACUGAAUCCUAGAGCUAAUAGAAUGGAUGAUCCUAAACUGAACCCUGCCUUAAAGUCACAAGAUGUUAUAGACAAAGUAAAAUCGUAUUGGGAAGAGGAGAAAGAUUAUACAAGUAAAGAAGUUACACUAACAUGCGACCCCUUCCGCUUGUGCCGGCUACAGGGGCUUCUGGAGAACCCAGAUAUCAUAAAUAAUAUUGUUGACGACAUGAACACACUGGAUUGGUCGAGGAAAAAAAUGGAUCUUUAUGAAUUCCAUCAAACAACAGAUUUAGCUAAUUUAACAUGGCAGCGUAGCAUAAGAGGAAUUUAUGACAUGUUGAAGACUGAAAUUAUGACUUGGGUAUCCCAAGUAACAGGCCUAGAGCUGACGUCGGUGUCGGCCUCAUGUUCGCUGUACGGGCCUGGGGACCACCUGCUAGUUCACGAUGACCGGCUCGGCGACCGGCGCGUCGCUUUCAUACUAUACCUGGCGCCCUGGACGCCUCGUGCGCCUCCGCCUCCGCCUCUGUUGCAUAAUGGGGCCGGGGAUAGACCAGUUAACCUACAAGUGUCGUCCACUCAGGAGCUGUGCGGCGACGGCUGGCGGCCGCACAUGGGCGGUGCGCUGGAGCUCUUCUCGUGCGACGAGGCGGGCCCGGCUCGCGUAGCGCUGCGGGCCUACCCCGCUAACAACACGCUCGCCUUCUUUGCCGUCGGCCCCAAAUCCUUCCACCAAGUGGGCGAGGUGCUGUCGCUGGAGCUGCCGCGGCUGUCCAUCAACGGCUGGUUCCACGGGCCGGCGCUGGCGCCCGCGCCCGCGCCCGCCGCGCCGCCGCGCGCGCUGCCGCCGCACCAGAGGCCGGUGAGUGCGCGGCUUGUGCUGUUGAACCAGUGGGUGGAGAGCACGUACCUGUCGGCGCGGGUGCGCGCGCAGGUGCAGACGCAGAUGGAGCGCGCCAGCGAGGUGUGCCUGCGGGACGUGCUGCAGCCGGCGCGCUGCCGGGCGCUGCUGGACGCGCUGGAGGCGCCAGACGUGGAGUGGGAGCGCUGCGGGCCGGCGCAGCAGCGGCGCUACUGGCGCGUGGCGGAGCGCUGGCUGGCGCGCGAGGCGGCGGACGAGCCGCACGCCGUGCGCGGCCUGGCGCGCCUGCUGGGCGCCGCGGCCUGGCUGCGCCUGCUGGCCGACUUCACCGACCUGCCGCUGGCCGCGCUGCGCCGCCUGGAGCUGCAGCGCUGGGCGCCCGGCGACUUCACCUUACUGCCUCCGCGCGAACACUACCAACAAGCGCGGCUAGAAGCUGUGCUAUACCUGGGCGUGCCCACGCACCCACUGUGUGGCGGCCAGACUAUCUACGUGGCGCCCGAGGGCGACCCAGAGGAGGGCGCCCUAGUCACCCUGCCCCCCAUACACAAUGCCCUCAACCUCGUGUACUGCGACACGGGCGCCGCUUCCUUCACCAAAUACCUCAGCAAGCUCACGAUGGCACCCGACGAACACUUCUACAUCGCCACUUGUACGUACACCGAGUGACGCGGUCGUCCGGUAGUGUC